GCCUACAUGCAAUGUACUUCCUGAGAAGCUCAGUCAGCUGUCACAAACAGAGGCGAGAAGAGGGGCUGAAGCCGAGGAGAAAUACACGACGACAGUGAAAAUGUCUAGCUUUUCCAACAAGUUCAGUGAGUACACGUUGACGCAGCUCAACGAAAUUCUGGAGGACGACGAAAAACUUACCAAAAUGAUUCAAGAGAUGGACGAGAUGCAAGAAGUCCAGCAAAGCAAAGAGACAACACUUGUUAACAACAGAACCCUGGCAGAGGAAAACCUUGCCCUCCAACCUGGACUGGAGCUCAAGAAAGAUACACUUACCAAGAGAUAUGGCCGCCUUCAAGAAAGCUUUGAGGCCUAUCAGCUGCGCAAGUCCACUCUAGAUCAGAAAUCAGGAAACACAUCGCUGGACAUUUUUUUGGCUCUGCUGCAGGCAGAGGGAGCCAAAAUAGAAGAGGAAACUGAGAAUAUGGCUGAUUCUUUCCUGGACGGUGACAUGACCCUUGAAGCGUUCAUCGAUUCCUACCAGAACCAGAGGAAGCUGGCUCACUUGAGAAGGGUGAAGAUCGAGAAGCUGCAGGAGGUGGUGCUGAAGGGCCAGCAGCUUCCACAGGCAUCGGUAUCUACCUCCCGAUCUCAGGAUAUGUCAGCUGGAGCCAGACCCUCAACCUCCCUCCUCACCGAGGAAGGCAGUGACUCGUCCCCUCUACUUCAACCCAGGAGGAAGCCUCCACCUCCCCCAUCCCAGACAGCCCCACUGCUAAAUCCGGUUCCAACUGUUACCCCCCAGUCUUCGACCUACUAUGCAGUCUCACCAUACCCGCCAAUUCCUCCCAGAACGGGUCAACCCUACCCGAAUGUUUCAUCCGGCUAUCCUUUCUUAGCGCAGUACCCACCUGCUUUGCCACAGAGAGCCCCCUCUCGUGUUGCUCCGCAGCCUGGCUUCAUCAUUCAGUGAAUUAAAACCAUUGCCACGAAAGAGUUGACAGUGUGUGCCACGGACACUUCACUACUGGAACUCCUUUGUGAACAAUUUUCUGUGGCGCUUGCCAUCUCUGACCAAUCUCCAGACAGAUCUGAAGACAGACCAGCACUGUAUGCAAUGGUGACGUUUAUCUGAAGUCAAUUUAUACUUGCGGGGAUAUUUGCUCGCGUCUCACUCAACACUCUCAUCAACACUCCAAAUAACAGCAGCAGCAACAACAACAACAACAAAUCAUGGUGAGAUCAGCCUGGCCUCCAUUUGACCCAAUACUCCACAGAAGAAGCGCCGAGUGUAGCCUAUCAUGAAGCAAGCUGCAGCAUGUUGGCUGUUGAGCUUGUCAUCUCUCUGCACUUCCUGUCUCUGUGCAAUACACUCAGCUCUUUAAGCCCAUUAAUUUUUGGUCUCCCCACUCUUUAUUGGCUUGAUCCUUACUAAGCAGAACUCGGGAGAAAAAUGUAGGUUUACUUAGUCAUUGUUUUCCAGUCACAGCGAGCAGAGAGACCAUAUUGACUGUGUUUUGACAAAUGUAUAAUUUCCCAGAAUAUAUUCCGGGGGAAAGCAUCUAUGCUGUGAGAUUUUUUUCUAUACACGUUCACAUGGUACAUACAGCGUCAUUUUAUAAAAUAGUACUUAGUAGAUUUAUGUUUAUGCUAAACGAUCUAGACUGAUCAACACGUGUUUGUACAGGAAACCUUUGUUUGUUGUGAAUCAAAAUGAACGUGUCUCGGAAGGUCCUGCCUUGUUCAAGAGGGCUGACUUUUGCGCUCAGUCCAAUAUCAGAUGUCAAAAGGGACUUGGGAAGAUGGCUGGCUGAACUAUUUGAAUAAUUUGGGCCUUUAGAGCCAAAUCGAAGAUGAAGGAUUUGUAUCUUGCCAUACAGUACAAUUUGUUUGCGCGUCUUCUGUGGAUUCCUGUUGUCACGCAGCAAUCUGUCUUUUGUCUUUUAAGACUCUUGGUAUGGUCUGGAGCUUCUUCCAACAAUUAAGUUGAUGUCAAACAUUAAGUUGAUAUUAACAUAUGCAUUAUCUCACACUGAGCAUCAAAGGCUUCACGCAUCACUGAUUAUUAUUAUUAUUUUUUGUCAAUACGGUCUUUGGUUAGAUUGUCUGCCAUGUGUAACAUGUGGAUCAGAAACACAGUUGCACACAUGCAAAAAUGAUAUUAGAGGGACUCGCAGGACUAGCCCAGCUUUGGAAUUAGUCUUUUUGUGGUGUAACUAGAACAUUUUCACCUGUUCUGCUGUUGCUGUGCACUGUCUAAGAGCCGUGAGUGCCUACACGUGUCGUGGUGUCGGCCACGUCCUGCUGACUGCUCUGUUUUCUCUAUUCUGCUCAUCAAAUUGGCUCUUUGGAAAAUUUGAAAAGAGCAGCUUGUGACUGUGGACUGUUAUCAUCUGCUAUCACAUGGAGCAGAAGGUCAGAUCAGUGAGCAUUGCCGGUGUGACAUCCUCAGCGGGCUUUGUGCCGACUGGUGCUUGUGAUCUCCCCCAUUCCUCCUACGUUGUGCUGAGGUAUGCCUGGUGUGAAUGCGAACAUUUUUGCAUGGGCUGUUUUUUUUCCCAAACAUUUUUUUAACCCAUUGCGUGGAAUAACAGGGCUCUGAAAUGUUGUGUGUGUGUGUCAAUUGUAUUUACCCUCAAGACAGUAGUGUAACAAUACAUAAUUGGAAGCAUUUCAGAUGAAUAUAGGAUAAUUAAUUUGUGCAUGGCCUUUGUGCUUCGUCUGAAAACUCUUAACAUUUAUAUUAGCUGCUGUUCAGCUGACCUGAUACACGUAGCCAUGGUUUUAUGUGGUUGGUGAGUUCCCCCCAGUGUACUAUUUAGGUGUUUACUUAUUCUGAAUGUUUAAGUGGAAUUUUAUGCUAUUUUCAAGUUCAAUAAAUCUAAAAUUUUUGUA